AAAGCAUUGUGGUUUCUUUAUAGUUUCCAAGAAAAUAGCUAUAAGUCGACAUAUCUAUAUAGUUGUAUUAUUCAAUAUAAUGAGAUGGUUUGACAAACAUUAGAACAAAUAGUAUCAAGUUGUUUAGAAAAGAGCACGGAAAAUAAUUAUCAAUGUAUUUAUACUGAAAACAUCCGUCAGUAAAACUCUAAAUUGGUGUCAGUUCUUGUUUGCAGAAUAGGAGAGAAAUCAAACAGUAUGUAAAACCAUGAAUUCUCAUAAGGACUAUACUUUGAAACAACUGAAUGAUGAAGAAGUGAUCCGACAAAUUCCGCUAAUAAUAUAUCUGACAAUACUGUGUAUAUCUGGGAUUGCUGGAAAUUCUUUGGUGUGUUAUGUAUUUGCAAAAAAGUAUGCGAUUUCUACAUACCACAUUUUUAUAAUUUUUCUUUCCGUAGUUGAUCUGUUGACAUGCUGUGCUGCUCUUCCGUUUCAAUUGAGUUUGCAGUUUUGGCAAUAUACUUUCGACAGUGUAUGGCAUUGUAAGUUCGCGUUAUUUUUAAAUACAUGGACAACAAUUACAUCUGUCAUCCAAUUUCUUUGCAUUGCCUUUGACAGAUACCGCAGGGUGUGUGCACCAUUUAAUUGGCAAGUUUCACUCAGAGCAGCAAAACGUAUGUGCGCAGUUUCACCAGCUAUUGGGAUUGCCUGUUCUUGGAUUUCUCCGAUAAUCUAUGGUAUACAGAAAAGAGAACAUAGUUUUUAUAAUAUAACAAUACUUCGAUGUGGUGUAACAGAUGAUAUGAAGGAAACAUUAUUUCCGCUGAUAAACAAUAUAGUUUUUGCAAUUCUCUUUCUUGGAGCUUUGAUCAGCAUGUUCAGUUGUUACUGUCGUAUAGCAGCGCGAGUUAAACAACAGAUGAAAUGGAAAUACAGGUCUAAAGGUGGAAUUGAAAUCCGUGAAAAAGAAAUUGAAAUGACUCCUGUAUCUAAAGAAAAAGAUGAAGAACAAACAGACGUAAUAUACAAAUUGGAUAGUGCCACAGCUGAAGACAAUGGUACACCGGAAUCCGUUUCAGCUAACAAAGACAGAGAGAUGAGACAAGACACUCUCGAAAUCAAAAGAAAAGGGAACGACGACAAGAACAAAAUGUCAUCUCCAAAUACAAAGAGCUGCAGAACGACAUUAAUAAUGUUUAUAAUUUCAAUAGCCUUCAUUAUCUCAUAUGUUCCACUGAUUUCGUUACUUCUGAUCCGAUCAUUGAACAAAACUUUCGUGGCCUCUUUGAAUGACUUGGAUAGAUCCGUGUAUAAUUUUUUUCUAAGGUCAUACUUUAUAAACAGUGCUAUCAAUCCAGUGAUUUAUGGAAUACUCGAUGCCAGAUUUAGAAAGUCAUGUAAAUUGCUAUGUUCGUGUAGGCACGUGUUGAAGAUAAGAAAAUUAAUGCAAGGCCUACCAAUCAAUGAACAACAACGAAUAAAAUUUUAAUAAAAGUAUCAGUUUAUUAGAUAUGCUUGUAGCGAUUCUACU